AUGGGUCUCAUUCACGCGCCGACGCUCAACCUCGUUCUCAGCGUCGUCGGCGCCGGUUUCAUCCUCUCGAUUUCGAGUCUCUACUAUAUAAAAGUGAGUGCGAACAACACAAAACCUCAUAAUACAUGUGAACAAAAAAACGGUGCGGAAAACGGUGCGAUACAGUUCGAAAAGCGGAGAGAGAAGUGAGAAGGGGGCGGUUCCGUGCCUGUUUAUUUUGUUGUGUUGCCGUCUGUCCCCGGUUGAUACGGGUAGAACGAAGAAGAAGAGGAAGAAGAAGAAGAAGGAGAAGAAGAAGGAGAACAGACGGACGGAAUCGAUCAUGGUCUCGUGCCGUUCGCUUCUCAGCUACUCGGCCCUCCUCAUCGGGCUCGUCUCAUUCGCAUCCGACUUAAUUAACUAUAUAUUCACUUCCAAAUUCAUUCAGGUCACUGCAUUUUCUCUUUUUUUUGUGUUAUCAGUCGCUUUUGUUCGUUAAGAAACGAGACACAGACAAAACGAAUUAAUCGUUGUUACCUUUUGAUCUCUGUUUCCAGGUCUUCUUCGAUGAGUACCAUCUACCUCCAUCUUACCUCAAAGUCGUCCAGAUCCUCUUUCUGGUAUGGAAUGCCGUGAACGAUCCGAUGAUGGGUUACAUGCAGGUAUCGUACCUGUCCUUUCCACUGAACGCGAGAUCUUGAAGGAUCUCGGAUGCUGUGGAAUGACGUGGAUCAUGGACCGUCGGAAGGUGAUCCUCUACGCCGGCCCCGUCUUCGCCGCCUCGUUCCUCCUUUUCUGGUUCCCCUGGUCGACGUGAGUUGAUAAGAGAGUCGAUGCACUCUAUCUAAAGUCAUAAACCCGAGACUGGAAGGUGUAAAACACAACUUACGGGACAGAAAGAGGGAAGUGUUCCCGGAUUAUGCAAAAGAGAGUUCUCUAUGUAAUGUUUUUCAGUUUUUGUUUGUUUACAGAUCAGUGGGAUGGAUUACCGCCCUCCACUUGCUCGUCUCCCUGUUCAUCUACGACACUCUCCUCACUUUGGUCCUUUCUGCGUACUGCGGACUAUGUGUCGAGAACUCGCAGAACCACCAGGACAGAGUGAGGGUCAUCGUGUACGGAGAGAUAUUCACAAUCAUCGCCGGAUUCCUCAUCUACCCGCUGGAAACGAUGCCACACACGAAUGAGCAUUAUUGGCUCUUCCAGACGUGUUGCGUCGUCGUCGCGUGUGUUUCUGCCGCUCUCAUGGCUUACUCGGGUUACAAUCUGAAAGUGACCAGGCCUAUUAAUCAGGAUCAUCAGUUAGAGAAGUUCCAAGAUGUGAGUUUGGCGUUUCCUUCUCGAUGCUCCUUUCAUACCGACGUAUUCAGGGAGAAGUUGUGAAGGAAAAGAAGCAGGACGGCUGGAAGAAUGCCCUCCACGUGUCGUGGCAAGUUGCCAAAGAGCCUCGCUUCAUCUGUCUCGUGGGCGCUCAGUUCUUCCGAAUCCUCCGAUUCAUGGCCAAUGAGAACUUCUUGAUCGUUUUCACCGAAGGCCUUCUUGUCAAACACGGUUUCUUCGAGAAGAACUCCUCAACUCUCGGACUCUUCUACAUUCUUGCCAGAUCUUGUGGAAGCGUAAGAUAACCCACCAAACUGCGCACUUAAUUAUUGUCUUUCAGAUUCUGUUCCUUCUUCUUUGGGCUCCGACGAACAGGUUCGGAACGCAAGCAGUCAUACAAUCGCUCAAUUUCCUCUCAAUAUUCAAUGUGAUCUUCGUUUUGUAUGCAGGAAUGGAUAAUAUCACGGCCGUUGCCAUCUUCAUCAUUCUUGAAAAGUAAUCUAGACGUAAUCUUAGCUUUACAACUUGCUAUUUCAGUGCAAUUUCCCGAUGCGGUUGGCAAGGAUUCUACAUUGUCGUGGCUGGAGAAGUCGUCGACACUGACAUGAAGCAAAAUAACAGAAAGUUAGUGCUUUGCCGCUUUUUCGGACUGGAUUAUCUUAAAAAACAAAGCCUUCAGAACCCCGUUUUCUACAAUCAUUUUCACGCUGAAAGCUCUUUUCAACAAACCGGCCGACCAGUUGGCUCCAGUCCUCGUGCUCUCCUUGUUCCUUGAAAAGGGAGGAUAUCCUCAGCUGACAGUUCCCUGCCAGAACCUCGAAACUUCCAUCUUCAACGCCACAUCUCUCAAUUCAACAGUUCUGGAGACAACAACGGAAGGGUACCUAACUUCACGUAUUCCCCUUCAAUGCUCAACCUCAAUUCAGAUUCCCGACCGUGUCGGAAUGCACCAACUACGGCCAGUGGAUGUUCUUGGCGCUCGCCAUCUUCCCGGCCAUGUGCGCCAUCGGAGAGUCCAUCUUCGUGGCGUUCGAUCAGUAUUGGAGAAGACAUGUGAAGGGAAAGACGGGUCAUUUGGGCGACGACUGA